UAAAAUAUUUCUUUUCUGCUGCUUUUCACAGAUGGUUUAGACAGCUGAAUGAGCAUUUUCAUGUGAGAGGCUGUUCAUAUGUUCUGUACAAACCACAUGGAAAAAAUAGAACAGCUGGAGAAACUGCUGAAGGGGCUUUAAUGAAGCUAACUCAAGGACUGAAGGAUGAGUCAAUGGCUUUCAUCUACCAUUGCCAAAAUCAUUACUUCUGUCCUAUUGGAUUUGAGGCUACCCCUUUAAAGGCAUCCAAAGCAUUUCGAGGGAAGCUCCCCCUUGAUGAAAUGGAGUUUUGGAUUUUAAUAGGUGAACCAAGUAAGAAACAUCCAGCCAUUCACUGCAAAAAGUGGGCAGACAUAGUAAUAGAUCUCAACACUCAGAAUCCUGAGUACCUUGAUAUUCGAAAUCCUGAAAAAGGUAUACAAUACAGAAAAACAAAAAAGGUCGGUGGAAACUUGCAUUGCAUAAUAACGUUCCAAAAACUGAACUGGCAAAAAUUAAGCACAUGGAUGAUGAGCAUUGGAAAUUUCAGGUGCGAAACACGUUCAAAGGUAUCAGACUGCAAGUCCAGUAAUUCUGCCCUCGGUUUGGAAAGAGUUUUAAAUGAUCAUCAUGAAUCCAUGAAUGAUAGUGAUGGUUUUCAGCAAGCAUCUGAAUGGAAGCAGGUUGCAGUUCCAUACGAUUACAGAGAUGGUGGAUCUCCUGAAAGUGACACUGAAGUGGAAAGUAUUGAAUGAUUUUAGUGUAUAGUUGAGUGUACUUAACACAUGAAUAGGUGGGACACCAAAUGACUUGGGCAUGUUUUUGAUUCAGAUUUAGGUAGAUACAAGUAUAAAGUGUGGUCUACAAAAAAUUGAGAAAAAAAUGAUCAGUCUUACAGCGACGUAUGCAGUGUUUUUCCAGUGAUGGUAAAAGGUGUUUCAAAAAGUCAAUUUGAAAACCUGUUUUAAUUGUGUAAUAAAUAAUUCAUAGGCCAGACUGUAUGCAGUACUGUGUAAAUGUAGGGAUUAAUUAGUGUAAGCACAUUGAGGUAUUAUUAAAAACAAGUCCUGUUUUUAUUUUCCAUUUUUCAAUAGCAUUUUUUUUUUUUUUUUUUAAAAAGAGAAUGAGUUCCAGAAACCAUUAUAGAGAUAAACAGAAGUAUCUCUUUUUUUGGAGAUGGUUUUAAAAAUUAAUAAACUACUCUUCUGAUUGAUUCAA